CAAUAAUGAGUACACAUGCUAAACUUGGUUUAAGCAGAUCGUUAAAAGAAGUAUCACCACCAUAGAAAGAAAACCUAAGUAUUCAAUAAGUAUUAGAAAUGUUUCAUUCUCCAUAUACUGAAUAAUUGACUGAUCGAAAAAGUGAAGCGAUUGUUAGAUUCUGUAGACAAAGAUCAGGAGGAUUCUUAUUGGAAGAAAUUUAAGAAUUAAUUGAAAUAUUGAGAUUGUCUAUUGCUGAAAAUAAUGCCUUAAUGUAACCAGCCAUCUAAAAAAUUUGCGAAACUGCUUCUGUCCCAUUCAUCAAAUUAAGAACAUCAGAUUAGUUGAAAUUUGUUCCAAAAUUAAGUGAAUUCCUUGAUACUCUAAAACCUGUGCUCUAUAGUCCACAAUAAGAUUAAGGUAGUCAAUAACCUGAAUUACGAAUGCCAGUUAUUAAGUUUUUAAAAUGUUUUGCAGAAGAAGGAAUUAGUGAAAUAAUGAAAGAAGAAGCCUCUUUUGAAUAAUAAAAGAAAUAAACAGAAUUAUCACCUCUCUAACAUCUUUUAAAGAAUGGAACAAGAGUAAUUUUAAUAUCUAUAUAAAUUGCUAGAACUUAAGAGCAUUAAACUAAUCCAAUUUAAUAGAGAACAUAAUCUUCACUAUGCAACAUUACUCAAAAUAAUAUGAAUAUUUAUUACCCUUACUUGAAUUGAUUUCUAGUUGUAUUCUCUAUAGAGAUUUGGCUGCUAAAUUUUCAAAUUUUGGUAUUCUAAAAGAUAUUGUUUAUGUGAUAUUCGAAUGUGAAGAUUUUAGAUCCUACAUAGUUAAGUCAUGUUUUGAAAUCAUUUGGAAUACUAUCGAAGUAAAUUAAUUAUACCUUAUAUAUUAAAUAGGCAGUUGGAGUUGCAUCAAUUAAAUUGUUUGCAGUUGAAGACAUCAUCUCAGGAUUAAAGAAACUAUUUGAAAAUAUUAUGAAGUAGGGAUAUAAAUUAGAAGAUAAAUGUUUAAGAAAUGAAAUCUUAAUCUUAUUAAACUAUUUAAUGAGAGAUGAAAAAGUAAUUUUAAACAACUAUUUUUAGGCACUACAAUAUUUUGUAGAUAAACCACAAGCUCAUUCAAUUCAAUCAUAGACCAAUUUCUUAGAAGUAUUAUUAUUCUAUGCAACAAUCGAUGAAGUUACUUUCUAUAAUGAACCUAUCAGAACUAAUUAAUUAAAAGCUUUCUUUGGUACUACUAGUGAAGAUUUAGAAUUUAAGAAAUUGAUAUGGAGUGGUAUCUUAACAGCUGUUUAAUCUGGCAAUUAGGCUGUUUUAGAAGCUGUUAAGGAAUCUCCUUUCAUUAUCACUUUAUUAUUAUAUAUAGAUCCAUUAGCCAAUAGUUAUGCUGUUAAUAGAUGGUCUCCACCAUAAAAAAAAGAAAUAUAAUUACAUUGCCUAGGAAUUUUAGGAAAUGCUAUUGUUUAUUUAAAAGAUGAGUAAUUAAAUGUUACUAUUUUUCAACUAGUUUUUAUGAAAAAAAUGGACUGUUUUGUUUAACAAAGUUUCUUACAAAUACAUAAGAAUUGGAUCACAAAGAAAGAUGUUUAAAAGCAUUCAAUAAUGCAUCAGAAUUUGAAUAGAAUUAUAAAAUUAAAAUAUGUGAUGAAGGUGUAAUGGAUAAUUUGAUUGAAUUCUUAUAAAAUGAAAAUGAUAACGAUAAUCCACUAAAGAUUAAAGAAUUAUGUUUUUCUAUUAUUUCUAAUUUAUGUAAAGAGUGCAAUAAAAAUAAGAAAUUAUUUAGAUAGAAAGGAGCUGUUGAAUUAAUGGUUAACGCAUUAAAAAAUCCUAAUUUAGGUACAAGUGCUAGAUAUGCACUUUAUGCUGUUAGUGUUCUUGAUUGUUUAUGGAAUACUAUUUUAGGUAAUAGAAAAUCUGAAGCUAUUUUUUUGGAUUCUGAAGGACUCUAUGUAUUAUUAGAAUUCUUAGAAACUUGUGAUGAUAUGCAUAAGAAACUCACUCUAUCUUGUUUAAGUUACUUGAUGGAAAAUCCCAAAGCUAUUCCAUACUUUUGUGAUUGGAAUUCUCCUAAAACUAUGAUAAAUAGUACAUAAUUAUUGGUUAAAAUAUAUGUUGCCGAAGAUCAAAGAUUUGGAGUCAAAUAUUCUGAUGGUAUUGUUACAAACAAACUCAGACCUUUAAAUCCAUAAAAUGAUCCAAGUCUUAAAUCUACAAACUAACAAGGAGAUUAAAAAUCAAAACAUAUGAAAUCACUUAGAAUUUAAUAAGAAGACUUAGAAUCAGAUGUAGGUAGUGAAGCAUAUUUAGUAAGAAGAAUUACUGAAAAGUCUGCUGAGUAUGAUUUAAGAGCAAUUGUAUUUGCUAUUUUAUAUAGAACAGGAUUUGAUAAAAAUGAAUUGUUACCUAAUGAAAAAUAGAUGGUAGAAGUUAUACAAUUAUAUCCCCAUUUUAAAAUAGGAGAAAUUUGGAGAGAGAUCAAAUAUGAUUUGGAAUAAGAAAAAAUUAAACCUACCUCUGAUGAUUAUCAUUGGCUUAUGACCUCUAUUGAAGAAUCAGAAGAAUUAGUAAUGAACUGUAUGAAUACUUAAGGACUUGUAUUUUAUUUUAUUUUUUAUUUUUAGAUUGCAAGAGAGUUUAGAAAGGUAUAAGAAGAAGAACUAACCAAAUUCUACGAUAUUAUUAGAAGUAACAAGUUAACUAAAUGA